AUGGAUGUCUGCUUGAGCUAUUCAUAUCAGAUGGAUGAUGAGAUUGCAAAGUUCAUCAAAAGAGUGAAUCCACCAAGGGUUGUGAUUGAUAACGAAGUCUGCAAGAACGUCACUGUCAUUAAGGUGGAUAGUGCUAAUAAACAUGGAAUCCUCCUGGAAGUUGUUCAAGUCUUGACUGAUCUUAAUCUCACCAUCAAGAAAGCUUACAUCUCCUCUGAUGGUGGCUGGUUCAUGGAUGUUUUCAAUGUCACUGAUCAAGAUGGCAACAAAGUCACCGACGAAAUCGUUCUUGAAUACAUUCGUAAAGCUCUUGGCCCUGAAGAGUCUUCUUGCUUCAGUCCGUCAAUGAGAUCAACCAUAGGGGUUAAACAAUCUGUCGACUUCACUGUGAUCGAGCUAACAGGAACCGACAGGCCCGGUUUGUUGUCUGAGCUAUGCGCUGUGCUAAUGGACCUUCAUUGCAAUGUGGUUAACGCUGAGAUAUGGACGCAUAGAGCAAAAGCAGCGGCGGUUCUACAAGUGACCGACGAAGCGACCUGCUCUGCAGUCACUGAUCCGGAGAGGUUAUCCAAAAUCAGGAAACUUCUCGGCUAUGUGCUUACAGGUGGAAGCAGCAGCAGAAGAUCACGCGAACCUAAAACCUUGGUUUCGUCUUCUCUGGACGAGACUUACGCGGACCGUAAGCUUCAUCAGCUGAUGUUUGCGGAUAGAGAUUACGACGAGUGGGAGAAUCAUGUUGAUGAUGAGGAUAAGACUGGGAGGGUGGUUCCAGAUGUGGAUGUCUCCAAUCUGCAUGAUUUGGAUUACUCCAUUGUGAUGAUCAAAUGUAAAGAUAGACCGAAGCUUCUUUUUGAUACUGUCUUCACUUUGACUGAUAUGAAAUAUGUGGUUUCACAUGCCAGCAUUGAUGCUGAAGGGCCUGAAGCUUAUCAGGAAUACUACAUAAGACAUGCAGAUGGAUCUCCAGUCAAAUCUGAAGCAGAGAGACAGAGAGUGAUCAAAUGUCUUAAAGCAGCUAUUCAAAGAAGAGUCUCUGAGGGCUUGAAGCUUGAGCUUUGCACUACAGAUAGAGUGGGAUUACUCUCGGAUGUGACUCGGAUCUUCAGGGAGAACAGUCUUACGGUUACAAGAGCUGAAGUGAAGACAAAAGGAGGGAAAGCGCUCAACACAUUCUAUGUGAGAGAUGCUUCUGGUUACCAAGUUGAUGCUAAGACCAUAGAGUCGAUUAGACAGGUGAUUGGUCAGACGAUACUUCAAGUGAAAGGAGGAAACACAGAGACGAAACCGAGCUCUCAAGAAUCUCCAACUGGGUUUCUCUUUGGUGUUUUCAAGUCGAGAUCUUUCGUCAAUUUCGGGUUGAUCAGAUCUUAA